UAGUUGCUAUCAUCAACAAUUGAAGAAAAACUCUAUACACAAAAAGAGAGAGAGAGAUGGAGAUGGGAGGAAGGAAGAAGUUCAUUGUAGAGAUUGAAGAGGCAAAAGAGGCAAAAGAUGGGAAGCCAUCAGUUGGACCAGUUUACAGAAAUGUGCUUGUGAAAGAUGGAUUCAGGCCACUGCCUCAAGGACUUGAAAGCUGCUGGGAUAGUUUCUGCCAGUCUCUGAAGAAAUACUCCAAUAAUUGGAUGCUGGGAGAGCGGGAAAUGGUAGAAGGGAAUGCAGGUGGAUAUGUGUGGUUAACUUACAAAGAAGUACAUGACUUAGUCUUACAAGUUGGAGCAUCCAUUCGCUCAUGCGGCGUUAUGCAAGGUGGCAGAUGUGGGAUCUAUGGUGCCAAUUGCUCACGCUGGGUUAUCAGCAUGCAGGCCUGCAAUGCACAUGGUCUCUGUUGUGUACCGUUAUACGACACUCUAGGUGCUGGUGCCGUGGAGUACAUUAUCUGUCAUGCUGAGAUUUCAAUUGCUUUUAUAGAAGAAACUAAAAUUUCUGAGGUGCUGAAGACAUUUCCCAGCACUGAAAAUUACUUGAAAACUAUUGUAAGCUUCGGAGAGGUCACUCCAGAGCAAAAGCAGGUGGCUGGAAAUUUUGGCUCACAGAUAUAUUCUUGGAAUGAGUUUUUGCUUCUGGGAGUGAACAAGCAAUUUGACAUCCCAAUCAAGAAGAAGACAGACAUUUGUACGAUAAUGUAUACAAGUGGAACAACAGGUGAUCCGAAGGGAGUAAUGAUUUCCAACGAGAGCAUUCUUUCAAUUAUAUCUGGUGUGAAUCACCAUUUAGAGAGCAUGAACCAAGAGUUUAGUGAAAGAGAUGUAUUUUUGUCCUAUCUCCCUUUGGCACAUAUUUUUGAUCGGGUCAUUGAAGAACUUUUCAUCUCAAAAGGUGCUUCAAUUGGAUUUUGGCAUAAGGAUAUAAAACAAUUGCUUGACGACAUCAAAGAGCUGAAACCAACUGUGUUGUGUGCUGUUCCCCGUGUGCUAGACAGGAUAUAUGCAGGUUUGCUGGGGAAGCUUUCUUCUGCGGGUAUCCUCAGGCAUACACUCUUCAAUGCCGCCUAUUCCUACAAAUUGCGUUACAUGCGUAAAGGCUAUAAGCAUGUUGAGGCGGCUCCACUAUUUGACAAACUUAUUUUCAAUAAGGUGAAAGAAGGUCUAGGAGGGAAUCUGCGUCUUAUCCUUUCUGGAGCAGCUCCUCUUUCAUCAAGCGUGGAGACGUUUUUACGUGUGGUGACCUGUGCUCAUGUUCUACAAGGAUAUGGUUUGACAGAAACAUGUGCUGCAUCAUUUGUUGCAUGGCCAGACGAUUUGACAAUGAUCAAUACAGUGGGCCCUCCAUUGCCAGUUGUAGACAUAUGCCUCGAAUCUGUUCCUGAAAUGGGAUACGAUGCCCUCUCAAGAACCACUCCUCGUGGAGAAAUAUGUAUCAGAGGAAAGUGCUUGUUCUCAGGGUAUUACAAACGUGAUGAUCUCACAAAAGAAGUGAUGACCGCCGAAUGGUUUCACACAGUUGCAACAGGAGAUAUUGGUGAAUGGCAGCCUGAUGGGAGCAUGAAGAUCAUUGAUAGGAAGAAAAACAUUUUCAAGCUUUCCCAAGGAGAAUACGUAUCAGUUGAGAAUCUGGAGAGCAUUUACUCCCUCUCCUCUAGUAUUGACAUGAUAUGGGUUUAUGGCAACAGCUAUGAGUCCUUUCUCGUUGCUGUUGUCAACCCCAACGUCGAAUCUCUUAAGCAAUGGGCUGAAGUAAAUGAAGUUUCAGAAGAUUUCAGUACCAUAUGUGAAGAUCCAAGAGCAAGAAAAUACAUUCUUGGAGAAUUAACAAAGAUUGGUAAAGAAAAUAAGUUAAGGGGUUUUGAGUUCAUCAAAGCUGUUCACCUUGAUCCUAUACCAUUUGACAUGGAACGUGAUUUGUUGACCCCAACUUACAAGAAGAAAAGGAACCAGUUCUACAAGUAUUAUCAGAAUGUCGUAGAAGAUAUGUACAGGAGCACCAAAUGAGCAACCUGAUGAUGUUCAAUCCCCUCAGAUCUACCAAAGAAAGCACCACAAAAUGAGAAAAAAAUGGCCUUCAG